UUAUUUAUAGUUGGUUAAUAAUAAUAAACAUAAUUCUUAUAGAAGUUUUCAGAGAAAAUGUAAUUUUAAAAUAGCACAGUUUUCUGUUCCACAUCAACGUCAUCAACACUUACAGACAUUUACAUUUUAUAUACGGGACACAACUCACAGACGGACAACAAAAUCUGUAUCAGUUAUUUCGUUGUUUGAUAUACUCUGUAGUCUACUGGUCUGUGCAACAGACACACCGACGACUAACUGGCAACUACCGAUGACACCAGUCACACCACGGCACCAGUCAGUAGUCGGUCUGCUCUGUCACCCACACAUGGAUCUUUUUCUGACGGCAUUUCGACAGUUGUUACUUUGUUAGUCAGAUCUAUAAAUUCAGAUUUUAAAGUUUCUUUUUUCCUUAUUUCUUAGCCGAUAGUCAAUAGAGUGCAUAGUACUCAGUACUCCAUAAUCUAUUAUUAUUUACUACUUUCCUUCAAUACUUUUCCUUGUAAAUAGUCUAAACAUUUGCAUGUUUUGAACACCAUUAAGAAAGUGCAAAUAUCAAAUUUAUGUUAAUAGAUAGUUUUUACCGUUGAAGUAUCAAAAAUGAAAAAUAAGAUUUCAGCUGUUUUAACAGACUCUUCUGCCUCAAAACAAAAAAAUAAAAAGAAAAGAAAAGAAAUUUGUCCAGAUCCAAAUGAAGAUAAAAUACUAUUAAAGAAAAGAAAGUAUUUAUCCACUGCUGUUAAACCCCAUGUUGUUACAACUACUAUUUCACAAGUUCCUGAAAUAAAUGAAAAAAUUAUUAAGAAAAAGGAUAAACAAUUACAAGCAGCUUCUACCCAUUCAAAUUCUAUUGAAGUAGUACCAUCUUCAUUGCCAAGUUAUCUUACAUUAUUUUCAUCAUUGAAGUCCAAAUUUAAUUCACCAAUACCACAACUGAUAAAACAAAGAUCAACUUCAACACCAAUUCCUGGCUCAGAGCGGCAAAAAUUGCAUUUUGAUUUCGAACUUCUUACGCCAAUAAAAGAAUUGAUUCCAUCAACAUUAUCUAAACCAACUAACAUCGCACGUGAGUUAAUAUCAGAACUACCACUUCAGCCCAUCACCUCAGUGACUAAGAAUAAAUGCAAGUCGAUAUUGACUUCUGAAAAAUGGAAAACUGGCAUUUUAAACAAAAUUCCAAAAUUUUGUCCAUUUUGUGAUUAUGUAUGUGAAAGAAUGAUUUAUCACCAUAUUGAAAAAAAUCAUAAAGACCAACUCAAACUGCCUAUUUCAACCUCUGUUGACUCAAUCAACAAAGUAAUAUCAGACUUUACAAAAAACAAAAAGUUAUUAGUGCCACUACAACAUAUAGUUGAUAUAAUGGGAGACUAUUGGUUUAACCCAGACAUAAGAAAAAUUGGAAAUAUUUUAUGCAAUCUUGGCCAGAUUACAACAUAUGGUGGGUCAUGGGAGCUAAAUCAUGUUCCUGAAGUCUCCAAUCCAUUUGAGCAAUACAUCAUAAGAUCUAAUCAACAACCAGAGUAAAAAAUAUGACAACUGGUUAUUUCCAGUUUUAUUUUUAAGUAAUUUAAGUUAAUUCGUUAUUUUUAUUAUUACAACAGAAAAAUUAAUUAUUUUAAUUUUUUUUUAAUACAUAUAUACAUAUUUAAAAUUGUAUAUUAAUUUUAUUUUGUUACUAAUUUUUUACUAAAUAUUAAAAUUGUAUAAUAGAAAGAUGAAUAUUAUGUAGUAAAGUAAAUAAAUCAGAAUUUGAUGGUCAUAAUAUAAA